AAUGAAUUCUUUUAUGAUAUUGAUUUUGUUUUUAGUAGGCUUAGCUUCGAGUGCUGUGGCUCCAGGAACUGGAGAAUGUAGUGCUUAUACACAAUAGAUUGAUUGUUUGAAUUCUGGGUAUUGUAAAUGGAAUGGAUCAUCCUGUGUGCUUUAUACUUCAAACUAAGAUUGUUAUAGAAUUGAUGAAAUUGGAGCAUGUAGAGCAAAUGGCAAAUAUGAAUCUUUGUGCAUGCCUUUAGAUUUACUUAACAUAGAAUAUAAAAAUGUUUGUGGAAUAACUACAACUAUUGACUAUAAUUUUGUUAGAUAUCCAAUUGUCACGACAGGGUACCCACAUUUCUCAAUUUCUGGUUUAACUCUAGCAUAAUUGAAGGUAGCUAAACCAUAAAUCAAUUUCCUAUUUCAAGUUUUAACAGUUAAUAUUCAGAUUGCUCCAAAUAAGGAAUUAUAAGAUAUUUUGGAUUUAUAUAAAGAAUAUGAGGUAACCUUUCAAAAUGUAACAGUACAUCCAUAUUACUUGGAGAAAUGCUUAUUCUAAACUUUACAAAAUUUGAGAGAUGACACUUAACCAUUAAGUUCUACUGACAAAUAAAAUACUCUUACAAAAUUUUGGAGUAUAGUCUAAGUGUAUCAGAAGAAGAUGGCAUUUUAUAGCAAACAUUAUUAAACAAACUAUUAUUUUUUGAAUUUUGCUUAGACAACUUUUUCUAGAUUGUACAUUACUAUAGAAGGAUAAGAUCAUACAACUUCAUUAACUUGGGUUAAAUAUCAAAGAAAUGGUUAUAUAUAGGCAGUAUCAUACACUCCAAAAUUAUUUGGGAUUAAUGAUGCUUUGACAGAUGUAGUUUAUAUUAAUGUGAUUGCUGAAGAUGGCAUAUCUUUUAUUAAUAUUGAAAAUAUGGAAAUUAUUUAUACUCAAACUACAGGAACUUUGACUAAUAUAUCAAGAUAAUUAAAAUUCAUUUCAGAUAAAACUCAAAUUCCUCAUACAUUCUCAUCAAGUUUAACAUCAACCCCUUGUGAUGAGAUAGAGAGAACAUGUAAAUUUACACUCCCAUCACCUUUAAUAGAUUCUUAAUUUAUUUUUUAUAUAUAGAAAUGA